AUGAUGGACGACCAGGACCUGGGAUUCUUCGCCAACUUUCUUGGUAUCUUUAUAUUUGUGCUAGUGGUUGCUUACCAUUAUGUGAUGGCAGACCCAAAAUAUGAAGGCAAUUGAAAGUUCAUAGAUCUGCUCAUUCACUGAUAGUAAUGAUCAGUUAUUCUAUAUAUAAGAUUAAUGAAUUUUGAUGAGCCAAAAACAUUUUCUUCCGAACAUGAAGUUGUAUUUGGCAGCAGGGCGCAUAGAUAACUUGGCUAAGACUAUUAUAGAUCAUGCAAUGAGUAAGGGAAUCAGAGUUCUUCUUUGUCUUGCUUUCAGAAAAUAUUCUGGAGUUUUUUGUAAGUCUACCUCUUUUUCUUUUCUUUUGAGGAUGUUUUAGAUUAGUUUUGGGUCUACUUCUACUUUCUGAGAACUUAAACUUUAGAAGUUGUUUCUUUUAGGGGGAAAACAUAUAAAAAGGUGGCUUUGUUCUGCA